UUGAAAAUUGACACAUUCGUAAGGGAAAAGUGAUGACGAAUUUUUUUUUCUAGCGAUGGUGCUUAAUGAAAAUAAUUCAUAGGCUUCUUUUAGGUCAAUAAAUUUUGCUAAUAAAAUUUUACUGUCAAUCCUCUCACAUUGACUGCUUCGAUGUUAUGCAUUUUGCUAGCAAUUUUAUCAUGUUGUGCCAAUGUUAUACUGCUAGAAACUUUGUUAAGGGCAGUACCUGGGUGUGGAAAUGUAGUUACCUUCUUUCAAUUUCUUUUUGUUGCAGUUGAAGGAUUAAUAUUUACAAGUAAAUUUGGAAAAGAAAAACCAGCUGUUCCACUUAAGAAUUACAUUGUUUUGGUUGUGAUGUUUUUUGCUGUUAGUGUAGCUAAUAACUGGGCUCUGAAUUUCAACAUACCCAUGCCUCUCCAUAUGAUUUUUAAAUCUGGUUCCUUGGUAACAAGUAUGUUUAUGGGAAGAUUCUUGCUCAAGAAAAAGUAUGCAUUCAUAAAAUAUUUUUCGGUUUUGAUGGUGUCUUGUGGCAUAUUUUUAGCAACUUGGGCAUCCUAUCGUAUAAAAGCUGAAACAAACAGUGAAAUUAAUACCCCAAAGAAUCAAUCUUUCAUUGGUAUUGCUUUAAUGUCAUUUGCACUAAUUCUUUCUGCUGGGUUAGGUAUAUACCAAGAAACUUUAUUUAAAAAGUAUGGAAAACAUCCAAAGGAAGCUCUUUUUUACUCUCAUGCCUUGCCUCUACCGGGGUUUUUGCUUUUAAUAGGAGACAUAUAUCCACAACUACAUUUAUUUUCCAAAUCUGGUAUAAUUGAGCUAUUUCUUUUUAACAUUCCAUUAUUGUGGCUUUAUCUAAUUGGUAAUGUUAUUACACAAUAUAUUUGUGUGAGAUCUGUGUUUACGAUAGCAGCUAAAUAUUCAUCUUUAACAGUAACAAUGAUAAUUACCUUCAGAAAAUUUGUUUCAUUAAUAUUUUCUAUUAUAUAUUUCCAAAAUCCAUUUACUAACCUUCAUUGGUUUGCUACAUUUCUUGUCUUUGCUGGUACAUUGCUUUUCACAGACUUGAAGAAUCUCAGAAGCCAAACAAAAAAGUUGGAAUAAGUUUGAAAUUUGAUAAAGCAUGUAUCAGUUGAUCUUGUUUCAUAAUAUUUAUUUUCAUCAUACAGGAAAGAAUUACUUUGAAAGAGUAUUCUGAUUGAAAAAAGUAAUGUAAUUUAUCCUCCAUGCCAUAAUAGCGUACAGUGUUCUUACUCUUCUGUCUUGACCAAUAUUGUAUUGUGUAAUUUUGUAGCAAUUUAUGAAUUUUUAAAAAAAUCAA